UCUCUCUCUCUGUGUCUGUCUCUUUUUCUCAUUUCUUUGCUCUUCUCUCUCUGUCUCUCUGUCUCUCUAGUGAUAUUAUACUUUUUCCACCGCCCGGGCGAGGAAAGCAUAGCGGAUCGGUGAGGAGAAGGGCGGAUCGGAAGCCAUGGUUGAGACACGACGGAGCUCGGCUUCCUCAAAGCGCCCGCUACCAUCUCCUACGCCGGCGUCUCAGUCCGCUGCUACUAAGCGCUCCAAGGUGGAGGAGUCAGGUUCUUCGAAGGGAGAUCGGGAGAAUUCUAACGAAGCGCCGAUGGAUUUGCAUCCGCCGGCUGCUGAUCCGACAGCGGCCGAUCCGAAUCAGGGGUGUAAGGGUGGAACGGUGGUGCCGGAGGAACGACCUGGAGAGUCGGUGGAUAAGAAAGCGGUGGCGGCUCGAGGGUGUAGCCGUGCGGAGGCGGAGCAAUUGGCGCAGCUUCUGGCACCACUGGAUCUGCUGAGGAAGAAGGUGGCAAAAGCUCGUCCGAAGGCCGCGUGGGGUAGGCUUAUAUCCCAGUUCAAGCAGAACCCUCAUGUUUUUUUGCACCCAUCUCCUUUCACUGUGGGAAGUCGAAGCUGCAAUCUACUCUUGAAAGAUUUAUCUGUGUCUUCAGUUCUAUGCAAACUGAGGCAUACCGAGCAUGGAGGGGCAUCAGUUCCCAUUCUUGAAAUUUCAGGGAACAAAGGCAUUGUACAAUUAAAUGGAAAAACCAUGGAACCAAAUGCUAAUGUUGUCCUCACUGCAGGAGAUGAGAUUGUUUUUGGUUCAUCAGGGAAAUAUUCUUAUAUUUUUGAUCUACUUGUAGCUGAGAAAUUAACUGCCCCACUAUUACCUUCUUCAAUUAGCAUGGCCGAAGGACAAGUUUCCCCAAAAGGAAUUCAUAUCGAAACCAGAUCAGGAGAUCCAUCAGCUGUUGCUGGAGCUUCAAUACUAGCCUCUCUUUCAAACCAUAAAAAGGAUAUAUCAGUUCUUCCUCCCCCAGGUUCCAAUGGUGAGAACAUGCAGCAAGGGCCAGAAACAUCAACCCUGCCCUCUGCUGGUGAUGCUUCAGAGAGCUGUAUCCAUGAUGUAGACAUCGCUGGUGAAACGAGGAAGGGUCCUACUGAAAAUAAUGAGGGUGAUGGGAUUUCUGCUUCUGAUUUUGCUCCCAAUGAUACAUUUCACCUUAAUAGCAUCGGUUUGGAUGCUCGUAUUGACUCAGAAGCCGGAAAACUUUCUGGUGCUAAAUACGAAUUAAGGCCACUUCUGCGGAUGCUUGCAGGCUCAUCAGCUGCUGACUUGGACUUGAGUGGGAGCAUUUUGAAAGUCUUUGAUGAUCAAAGAGAGGCGACUAAGGAUCUUGAUUCUCAAGAUGGCUUACCUGCUAGUAGAUGUCAAGCUUUCAAGGAUGGAUUAAGACAGGGGAUUCUAAGUCCCAGUGAUUUGCAGUUUUCCUUUGACAACUUCCCAUACUAUCUAAGUGAAAAUACAAAGAACAUGCUUCUAUCAAUUGCAUUUAUGCACUUGCAAUGCAAGGAGUUUAUAAAAUACACUUCCGAUAUCUCGUCUAUAAGCCAACGGGUUCUCUUAUCUGGCCCAACAGGAUCUGAAAUCUAUCAGGAAACAUUGACAAAGGCACUUGCCAAAUACUUCAACGCUAGACUGCUCAUAAUUGAUUCUCUUCUGCUGCCUGGCGGUUCAUCUUCAAAGGAUUCAGAGUCUUUAAAAGAAGGGGGUAAGAUUGAGAAAUCGAGCCUUCUUUCUAAGCAAAGGGCUGCUCAAGCUGAUGCAUUGCAAUUUAAAAGGCCGACUUCUAGUGUAGACCCUGAUCUUGUGGGGACAUCUCCUUUUAAUUCAUCAUCCUUGUUAAAGCAGGAAUCAAGUGCAACAUCAAAGAGCUAUACUUUCAAAGAAGGUGAUCGGGUAAGAUAUGUUGGUCCAUUACACUCAUCAGGGUUUUCUUUGCAAACCCCCCAGAGGGGUCCAAAUUAUGGUUAUCGAGGCAAAGUAGUUCUUGCAUUUGAAAAGGGAUCUUCCAAAGUUGGUGUGAGGUUUGAUAGGCAAAUUCCUGAGGGUAAUGACCUUGGGGGUCUUUGUGAAGAAGAUCGUGGUUUCUUUUGCAAUGCUGACUUACUCCGGUUGGAUUAUUCUGGUGGUGAAGACAUGGAAAGAGUCGCCAUUAAUGAGCUACUAGAGGUUGUAUCUGAAGAAAGUCAAAAUGGGCCCUUGAUAGUUUUUCUGAAAGACAUAGAGAAGUCUAUGUCUGGAAGUACAGACUCAUAUACAUCUUUAAAAGCUAAGCUUGAGUUGGUUCCAGCUGGUGUUCUAGUUAUAGGCUCACAUACUCAGUUGGACAGCCGCAAAGAGAAGACACAUCCUGGAGGACUGCUAUUUACAAAAUUUGGGAGUAAUCAAACAGCAUUGCUUGACUUUGCUUUCCCGGAUAAUUUUGGUAGGAUGCAUGAUAGAACCAAGGAAGUCCCCAAGGCUAUGAAGCAACUGACAAGGCUAUUUCCCAACAAAGUUACAAUCCAGAUACCACAGGUACACUGCAGCCAUAAUUUUCAAUUACUUCGUGCAAUUGGUAACAAUCAACUGCAUGCUUUACCCAUUGAG